UGUUGAAUAUGGAUGGACUAACCAAGGGUCUCAACGACGUUGUUAUCGAAGGUGGUGAUGGCCGCUACGGCGAAUGCGAGAAACUAGAUGAACGCUCCAGAUCCAGUUGGGCGCAGGUGGUGUCGGGGGAUCAUGAUAACCAACAUCGUCGUCCGUCUCAACGGAGAAAACAGGAGCAGAGUAAAGAGGAUGACGAGGGCCGGCAGGUUUCGGGUUCAAGACCUUCUAGGAGACCCCAAAAUGAGCACGGAAAGGAGAAUAACGAUGGAUGGGAAACUCUUGGUAGAAAGCCUCGAAGACGACCACAUAAGGUUCAUAAGGAUCACUGGCAAGGGUAUAAACGACUUCCCAAUGAGCAACAAUAUGCCGACGAGGUCGGAACAGGUACUAGCAUUGAACCUUCAGAAGAGGAACUUUCUGAUUUGUCACAAGCUUGCAACAGGCUGUGGCAACUUGAUUUAAACCGUUUGGAACCUGAAAAGGAUUACCAGAUUGACUGUGGUGAAGAGAAGAAGGUUCACCAGAAGGGAGAUAUGGCAGAAGACAGCCUAUUUUAUUCUCUGAGUGAAGACAUAUUUAGAAGACCUACAUUCUCUCGUUUCUGUGCUCUCUUAGAUAAUUACAACCCUAAUGUUGGGUGCAAAGAAGUUGUCACAAUUGAGGAGAUACAAGAGCAGACUGCUUUCAUAGAAGAAAUCAGUAGAACUGCACCUAUUAAAUAUCUUUACAUGUACCUUUCUUUUAAGGGCAUUGUAUCUGAAAACUAUCAAGAUUUCAAAAGAAUGUUGACAAAGUUAUGGUUUGAUCUUUAUGGUCGAGGCGGAACAUCUGGUUCCUCUUCGGCUUUCGAACAUGUUUUCGUUGGAGAAAUCAAGCAAUGUGGUGGGGAAGAAGUCACUGGCUUCCACAAUUGGCUUCAGUUUUACCAAGAAGAAGCAAAAGGAAGAGUUGAUUAUCAAGGUUAUAUAUUACCCCGAAGACGAGGGGAAACCCCAGACUCUGAAACACAGUUGCUUACAAUUCAGUUCCAAUGGAAUGGGGUCCUUAAAGCUGUGUCAACCACAUUGAUUGGUGUCAGCCCUGAGUUUGAAAUUGCUCUCUAUACUCUGUGUUUCUUUGGGGGUGAAAAGGAUAACCAUGUACAGCUCGGUCCAUACUCGGUUAACAUCAAAUGCUACCGGUUCGGGGAUAAAAUCAGUUCCGUGUUUCCGAUAGCAUAAUGCUUGAUUCUCAGCUCUAUGUAUUACUAGUAUUAUCAAGAACCCACAGAAACACUAAACACAUGUUUGUGUUUCUUGGAUCAUGUACUUCCAAAUUUUGGUAAUAAUGCAUGUAUAAAACUUAGGUACAUUGCUGGUAUGUAUUCCCCUAUGGCUUAAUCUUAUGAUGAAUGAGGAAUCAAAUUCUGCAAUAUAGUUUUGAACU